GAAAUGUUAAUCAGAAAACAUAAUUUUUAUUUGGAAAGAUUUUCUUAAUACAUCAGAUCAAAUCAGUAUAAAAUGUUUAUAAAAUCGUCAUUAAUGUUCUUAGUGUUAAGUUGUGUAUAUUUUCAGUUUUGUUUAUCGCAAAUCUUAGAAGAUAAUUCAGAUGAAAUAGGUGGAAGAAGAAUCAGCUCUAGUGACAACUUCAGUGUUGUUCGUGGAGUGUUAUCCAUAUUUCAAACGGCUUUUCAACUUUUUCGAGAAGGAAUUAGUGAAACUUUUCGUUUCAGUUUAAAUGAUCCUAAUCAAGGAUUUUUUUCGGGGAUUCGAAAUUGUUUCCGUAUAAUCUUUUCAAUGGUUAGACAUAUCUUCGAAGGUAUUCUGAGUAUAGGAAAAUCAUUACCAUCCUAUUUAGAUACCGCCGCUCAGAUCACAAAUGUACUCAUAAAUAACUCAACUCCAAUUCGUCGAGAUCGUAGCUCAUUUUCCAACAAUGUAGGAAAUAGAAAAUCAGCCUCAGAAAUAUUUUUUAAGCAAAACAAUCAAACGAGUGAUGAAAGAGUUAACCAUUCACAGCCUGAUAUUGAGGAAUUCGACGAUUUUGAAAGUAAUGGGGAUGAUGACGACGAGAGAUUAUCAGAAAAUUUAAAGGCUUUGGCAUCAAAAGAUUCUAAAAAUUAUGAAAUUAUGAAACAAAAUUCUGCUUCUCGACAUACAUUCAACCAUUUACAGCCUGAUAUUGAAAAAUUCGACAAUUUUGAAAGUAAUGAGGAUGAUGACGACGAGAAAUUAGCAGACAAUUUAAAGGCUUUGGCAUCAAAAGAUUCUAAAAAUGAUGAAAUUUUGAAACAAAAUUCUGCUUCUCGAUCUACAUUAAACCAUUUACAGCCUGAAAUUGAAGAAUCAUACGAUUUAGAAAGUAAUGAGGAUGAUAGCGAUAAGAGAUUAGCACACAAUUUAAGAUCUUUGGCAUCAGAAGAUUCUGAAAAUCUUGAAAUUAUGAAACAAAAUUCUGCUUCUAGACCUACACUAAACCAUUUACAGCCAGAAAUUGAAGAAUCAGACGAUUUAGAAAGUAAUGAAGAUGAUAACAAUGAGAUAUUAGCAGAAAAUUUAAGGUCUUUGGCAUCAGAAGAUUCUGAAAAUGUUGAAAUUAUGAAACAAAAUUCUGCUUCUAGAUCUACACUAAACCAUUUACAGCCUGAAAUUGAAGAAUCAGACGAUUUAGAAAGUAAUGAGGAUGAUAACAACCAGAGAUUAACAGACAAUUUCAAGGCUUUGGCAUCAAAAGAUUCAAAAAAUGUUGAAUUUAUGAAACAAAAUUCUGCUUCUAGACCUACAUUAAACCAUUUACAGCCUGAAAUUGAAGAAUCAGACGAUUUAGAAAGAAAUAAGGAUGAUAAAAAUGAGAGAUUAGCAGACAAUUUAAGGUCUUUGGCAUCAGAAGAUUCUGAAAAUGUUGAAAAUAUGAAACAAAAUUCUGCUUCUAGACCUACAUUAAACCAUUUACAGCCUGAAAUUGAAGAAUCAGACGAAUUAGAAAGUAAUGAGGAUGAUAGCGAUGAGAGAUUAGCAGACAAUUUAAAGGCUUUGGCAUCAAAAGAUAGUUCAAAAUCCAUAGAAUCUGACGCUAUUUUCAGCUCUAGGCGAUCAACAAAUAUUGUAAAAGUUCAAAAACAGCAAGAAUCACAACAGUCUAAACUAGAAAGCAGCGAGGAAUCAAGCGAAAUCGAGAAUAAUAUCUAUGAGUUUUUUGAAAAACUUUUGGGUGUAAAUGUAAAUAAAAGUUUAGAAAACGAUCCAAAUAGCGAACAGUCUAGUAUUUACACAGAAAAAUACCCAAACACCUUAAAUUUACUCGAUUUUGUUCCUAAUAAAAAUGGUGACAUUAACAUGGAACAAGAUAUAAAUUCUAACAAACAAUUUGACGAGGAUGAUUCAGAUGAAUAUGUAUUUGGUGGCAAUCAAAACUACGAUGACAUUGUUACAUCAAAAUAUCCCGAAUUUACUUCCAAACAGUCACAAGAUAGUAAAAAAGUCGAAAACUCUAAAUCUGAAAUCAGUCAUAAACCAGUCUACGAUAGUAAUACUAAAAAAAAUGAAGAUUUAGUUGGAUAUCGAACAAGUGGUGGAGAAGAUCAAAAUACCACUUCUAAAGGAUCGAAAAAAAUAACAAUUAAAUCUAAAACUAAAAGUAGUAAUAAUGACAUUAAAUUAAACUGUACUACAAAAAAGUGUGCUUCAAAAGAUACGGAUAAAUGGGAGAAAAACGAUUUUAAACCAAUUAAUGGUAAAGACUUCACAGAUAAUUUAAAAAAUAAACGAUCAGUCCAAAGAUCCAAAGUACACGUGAAACCAGACAAACAAAAAAGUAUUAAACAUGUGAAUCCAAAAAACAUCUUAGAUUUUCUCGAUUCAGUUUCUAAUGAAAGUAGCGUAAGUAAUGUGGACUACGAUGUUGAUGGCAUAAACAAAAUAAAAGUAAAAAAUGGAAAUAAGAAUAAUAAGACCAACCUUCAUGCCGUUUCUAAAGAAAAUAUAAACUUAGAUGAAUAUGAGACUAGUACUGAAGUAGCAAUUAAAUCUAGCACACAAUCAGAUAAAAAUACAAAAAUGAUUGAUGCUGAUUUUAUAAAUAUAAAUGAAUAUCGUACUGGUAAACAUCAAAAAGUCGAUAUAAAACGGUCCAGUUUCAAAAAUAAUCCUAAAAGCACUAAACAGCAUAAUGACAAUUCUAAACAACUAACCACUCCAAUUGUAAAUAUUUUAAAAUCAAAAUCAAUUGAUAAAAGUAAAUCUAAUCUUGAUACUAAUAAACACUUUGACCAGAGCGAGUCAGAUGAAAAUGAUUUUAGUAGCAACGACCAUGUCACCGUUAAAAAUCAACAUAAUAGCAAUUCUAAACAAUCGAAUACUCCAAUUGUAAAUAUUUUAAAAUCCAAAUCAAUUGAUAAAAGUAAAUUCAAUCUUGAUACUAAUAAACACUUUCUCCAGAGCGAGUCAGAUGAAGACGAUUUUAUUAGUAACGAAACGGUCACCGUUAAAAAGCAACAUAAUAGCAGUUCUAAACAACCGACUACUGCAAUUUUAAAUAUUUUAAAAUCAAAAUCAAUUGAUCAACGUAAAUCCAAUCAUAAUACUUAUCAACACUCUGAUCAAAGCGAGUCUGAUGAAGAUGAAUUUAGUAGCAACGAAAAUCAUAUCGUUAACGUUACAACUUCUAGUGUCACUCUUGGGCGACCAGAAAAUAAUAUAAAAGUCAACCCAUUUGAGAAUGAAACUAGAACUGCUGAUAUUCCUGUUAUCAAUUCUAAACAAAUAAAAUUAGAUGAUGAAUAUCAUCCUAGUAGAGAAGAAUUUCCAAAUUAUUCUACCAAAUCAGCUAAAGAAUUAAAGGAACGUGAAACUAUCAGUUAUAUUGCCACUACGCAGUCGUAUGGCAAUAUGAAAUCGCCUGAGCUGGAAACUGACGAAUCAGAUGAGUAUCGUACAGAUAGUAAAGUAAAUCGGAAUUCAAAACAGACAACUGAUGACAUUUCUACUAGCAUUAGGCGAUCAAAAAAUAAUAUAAUAGUCAAACAGCCUGGUUAUGAUACUGACAGUAAAAAUAUCUACGAUGACAAUUUAAAAAUUAGAAUAGAUAUAUCUAGAACUGAUAAAAAUAGAAAAAAAUAUAUACAUUCAGAUAAUAAUGAUACUGAUCAGAACGAAGGUAAUAAAGCGGCAUUUAAGCGAUCAAAUCAGAAUAUUGACUUAGAUGAGUACCGUACUGGAAUUUAUAAGAAAGAAAAUAAUAAUUUAGUAAAAAAACCCGAAACCUUUCAUAAUUUAAAAAAUAUUGGUAAACAAGAACCCAAACAUACCCACCACUUUUUAACAAAGAGGCAAGAUGAAAAUGGUAAUUAUGAGAAUUAUGUUGCCACUUUGGCGCCACCAACAUACAAUAACCAUGCAAUAGGAGAUGAAUACGAAAAAGAGAAUCUUGAUAACAAUUUUAGAUCAGAAGGAGAUAUACAAGACGCAACAGCAACAAGAGACAAGUUUCGUGAAAGACCAGAUUUUCUAAUUUUGGAUCAUUUCUAAAUAAACUUUAUUAAUAAAAUUUGCACACCAG